GUUUUUUUAUUUCUUUUCUUUUUUCCGUCCUUCUCCCCUCUCUAGUCACAACUCACAGAAGAAUAGAAUGGGAAGUGCAGCAGCCCAAAUCCCGACGAGCUUUGGACAUGAGCUCAGAGCUUGUCUUCGUUGCCGCCUUGUCAAAACUUACGACCAGUUCCGAGAGUCGGGAUGCGAGAAUUGUCCCUUUUUUAAGAUGGACGAAGAUCAUGAGCGUGUCGUUGAUUGCACAACUCCUAACUUUACCGGGAUAAUUUCUGUUAUGGAUCCGAGUAGAAGCUGGGCUGCUCGCUGGUUGAGAAUUGAUUUGUACCUGGUUGUUAUACACUUGCUGUUUCAGAGGCACUUCCAGAGGACUUACAGAAUUUAUGUGAAGAUGAGCGUGUGCCCUACAUUCCACCAAAACGUGUAUAAAAAAUGACCAACUGAAGUUAACCUGCUUAUCACACUGUAAUAUCUCAGACAAAGAACUUUUUGUGUUAGUUCUUAGAUCCACAAGACUUCUUGCACAAGUGUUACACUGCUUUCUUAGCUGCUAAUAGUCAUAUUGUUUUUUCACUGA